AUGCCUCCUGGGACACCUUACAAUUCCUUUGUUCUGCCGUACUCCAUUCGAGUGGACGCUUUCGCCUCAAACGCAACCAUCGAAACCGUCCCUGCGCUCCAUCUCCUUACCCAUACUCACUCCGACCAUAUCACCGGUCUGUCUGCCAAGUCGUUCGCAGCUACGAUCAUAUGCUCUCCAGAUGCCAAGGAAAUGCUUCUUCGAUAUGAGGUGUACGCGGAGCGCAAUUUAUACGAAACGGAGAUGCGUGCUGAGAAGAUAAGAGCCUUCGCGCACUUGAAGGUCGAACCACGCAAGCACCUCGAUGGAACGACGUUCCAUCACGGAUCGCGGGACCUUCUGAGAGCAAUCCCGUUGCACACCCCUACGGCCAUAGAGCUCUACAAUUCGGAAUCGGUCGUCAUCACCCUCAUUGACGCGAACCAUUGUCCUGGCGCGGUCAUGUUCCUCGUUGAAGGUUCAAAAGGCGCUGUGUUACACACCGGAGACUUCCGCGCUGAACCCUACUUCCUCGAAGGGUUGAAGCGCAAUCCAUUCUUGCUCCGCUAUAUCGUACCUCAGUCGAUCACCACCCCCGAUGGUCAUGGUGGUGUCAGGAAAACACUUGAUGCGGUGUAUCUGGAUACGGCCUGUCUCUUCUCCAACCUCAAUGUUCCCCCCAAGGAUGUUGCUACCUUCGGUCUGGUUGAGCUGGUGCAGCUCUUUCCUCCUGAGACGCUCUUCUUCCUCAACACGUGGACCUGGGGCUACGAAGACAUCCUGAAGGGUAUAGCUCAUGCCUUCGACUCGAAGAUUCACGUCGACCGAUACAAGCAUAGCGUAUUCUCGCAUAUCUCAGACCCAUUUAUGCGCGCUAUCAUCACUCGUGACGCGAAAUCGACGCGAUUUCACGCAUGCGAACGGUUUGCGCAAUGCUCUCCCAUCGACGAUAUGUUUGCCCAGGAAGCACGGGAAAACAACGGUAGAAUUGUAUACAUAAACCCUGUCACUAUGGGAUCUGAGAGUUGGAAUACUUACCGGCAGACCGUGAAAAAGCAGCUGAGGAAUGGGAAAGUCGUGAACAUCCUGCUCGUGCCGCUGUCACGGCAUUCGCCGCUACCGGAACUGAAGCAGUUCGUCUCUAUGUUCCGUCCUCGCCAGGUUGUUCCGAAUACCCUCGUCCCGGCGCUGCACGGACUGGACUGGGCUUAUGCCAAUCACGCCUUCGCGCCGUGUUUAUCCCCAACCGCACGAUUGCCGUCGGACGAAGACGUCGUAGAUUUUCCGUGGUUUGAGCGGAAUGGCUUUGACAUCAAGGUGGAUUCCAGUGAAGGUGUCGAUGCUGCCUUGAAGAAUUUGGAAGGCGCGGAUGCGGAUGAUCAUGCGGCGGUUUGGGCCGAACAAUCAGGUGUACGCAAGCGCUUGGAGCAAAUGCGGCACACUCUCGAUGGCCGUGCCAAAGUCGUUGUGGAGGAGGUGUUGGGUCGCAUGCCCGAGCUAGACGUCGAGGAGACGGUCGUCGCAGGCGAGGACGGCGGAGAGAAAAAGGCGGGAAGAGGCAUGGCGAUCGCCGCGGAUAGCGACGAGGAGACGGAGGACGAUGAUGAAAGAGGGAGGACGGCGCAUAAGCUCUUCGCUGCACUGGCUGGCGUUGACUCCGACGAUCCAAUACGCUCUCCCCAGCCAUCAUCACAGGUGUCCAAGGCUGCAGCUGAUUCUCCGCCCUCGCCGGCCAUGGACGUUGACGACCACCCCCACGAGAUGCAGGAGCAGUGCUUCAAGGGGAUCGUGUCAGAAACAGCUUCAAAUCUCAGGCAUGACGGCUCACGACGGCUACCACCUACUCCACUCACCAGCCCUUUGGGCGAUCCCGGUCCAUCAACACUGCGACAUUGUAGGUUCAACGACGACAAAACGCCGAAAACCAUUCCUGCUUGUCGGUCACCCAUGCGUUCCGCUCUUCCAACUAGGACCCCACAACGCGUUGCUCUUCUCAAAGACGGCACGGAACGCCGCACUUCCGUGCCCCGUCGCAUACGUCACGAAACCCCUUUCGUGGACCUGAACAAUAUACCGAGUCAACCCCAUACACCCGCUAAACGUGCCUUCAGCAGUGGUUCGCCCUCGCCUACCUGCAAGCGUCGCCGUCCAUGGGACACUCGCUUCGAUUCAACUCCUCGGGCCUCAGACCUACAGCCAGGACGCCUCCUGAGCGUAUCACCAGAAAUCCCCAUGAUCCGCCUUAGACCCUCGUCUGACGAGCAGAAGAGCGGAUGCGCAGACGCUCCUUCUAUCUCUCUACCAGCCACCUCAUUACCCUCUAGUGAGGGCAACCGGGCACGAAGAGAGCGGAGACGCGCUACAGCAGAACGACGGAAAAGCCUUACGGAGAACUUGCGUCGUGCGGCCGGAAACAAUCCUCUUCAGCCGCUCCGUCGGAGACUCUCGCCACAGCAACACCCGCCUUGUUACUCAGGGUCUAUGAACGAAGGCGGACCGCGAGACAAGGUUCUUUUUGGCACCGCAGGCCUCGCGGCGUCGUCCAGCACGGUCGAAUACCGCGGCGAUCAGGCCAUGGACUGGGACCGAGGCCGCGAAUUGCGCGAUAGCGUCCGUGCGCAGGUCUCUGUGGGCCUACGGCCCAUCCUCCCCACGUUGUCUUGCCUCGAUAGCCCGCAUCUGGUGACCUCGGCACGUCCACGGAUAGCUCGGCGGAUGUAGAACGGUCGGUGCAGAUGGCGUGACAGAGAAUAUUAG